CUCUGACAGUUAAUCGAUCGGAGGAUAAGGGAGGGAGCGGUCGCGAACGUCUGGUGAUGUAUAUGGUGAAAAUGUCGAAUCUAUUCGGAGAGUAAUUUAUUAUUAUAGAAAUCGCAGAAUAUAAGAACUGAUUACUCGGAAUAUCAUUAAGUUUCGUGAAGAUGACCAAGGAUCGCUUAGCAGCUCUCAAAGCCGCACAAGGAGAUGAUGAUGUUUCUGUCAGUGUGGAUGAUGCCCAUGGAGGCUAUAUGGAAGAAUUCUUUGCUGAGGUUGAAGAAGUUCGUGAAAAUAUUGAUAAAAUUCAAACUAAUGUGGAAGAAGUUAAAAAGAAGCAUAGUGCCAUCCUUUCUGCCCCUCAAACUGAUGAGAAGGUGAAACAAGAAUUAGAAGAUCUGAUGGCCGAUAUCAAAAAAACUGCCAAUAGGGUUCGCACUAAAUUAAAAGAUAAGUUUUCUUCUUUUGAUAUAUCUAGUGUAGAUCUGAGCAAUUAUUUUCUUAUGAAAACUAACAAUAAAUUGAAGAAAACCUUAAAUAUGGAAAUGACUUCAGCUGUUAGGUUACUCGGACAGGUUGAAAUUGGUUCAAAUGUUUUAGUUAGGGUGCCUGAUGUUGAUUGGGGACAUGUAGCUCCCAGAAAUGUUUUAGCUGUUGUUAUGAGCAUUAAUCCAUUGGGUCUCUAUCAGUUAAGAAACAAAGGUCUUCUCGCUUUAUGCUCGACGUCCCAUGAACUUCACACUUUGCUCAGCAUCCACGUUAACAUCUGGAAAUGUUCGCCAUCUGCAACAACCAUCUGCAAUGUCAGGGAUAAUGAAAUGAGAUUGUCAGAUAGUGAUAGAAAUGGGCUGUUAGUAAGCUUUUGGAAUGUCCAACAUCUGAGAGGAAAAUUACAUAAAACCUCGGUGAGAGAAUUCUUAGACUCAAAUGACAUAGUUGGAAUCACAGAAACAUGGAUUUUAAAUUUGAGUGUUGCAGAAAAAAAUUAUCUAGAACAAAAAAAUAGCAUAACAACUAGUAACGCUCAAUGUAAAAAAAGAGGAGAACAUCCAAAGAUAAAUAUAGAAGGUAAUGUUCUCCUGGAAUUUGUACAAGAUAAUCAGUUAAUAAUUUUGAAUGGUAGAAUAAAGGGAGAUAUUCCUGCUGAAUUUACUUUUGUCUCCCUGAAUGGAAAAUCAACCAUAGAUUAUGUUAUUUGCUCAGAAUUUAUGAUAGAUACUCACUCAAUGUUAUCUCAAAAAUUUGUGGAAGUAAUGACUGAUUACAAUAAAACACAAACAGAUUACAGAGAGAGAUGCAAAGCUCGUAUUCAAAGACAGUUGGAAAUCACUGGAAAGGUAACUACUGAUGAUGAACUAGAAGACAUGUUGGAAAGUGGAAAUCCAGCUAUCUUCACACAGGGUAUCAUCAUGGAGACACAACAGGCCAAGCAGACACUGGCAGACAUUGAAGCUCGUCAUGAAGAUAUCAUAAAAUUGGAAAGUAGUAUUCGUGAACUGCACGACAUGUUUAUGGAUAUGGCAAUGUUAGUGGAGAGUCAGGGAGAAAUGAUUGAUAGGAUUGAAUACCAUUGUGAACAUGCUAGAGAUUAUAUUGAAACUGCCAAGCAAGAUACAAAGAAAGCAUUAGCAUACCAGAGCAAGGCUCGAAGAGUAAGUAUAAAUUUGAUGAUAAAUAUUAUAUUAUGGUGUGUGUGGAUUACAGACUACUCAGUUAAUACCAUUGCUCAGUGCUGUCUGGACCACAAUAAAGGCAUACCUACAGGACACCUCUUUUUGUGGUUGUGUGCUCUUUGUGUAUUCAUAUCUGUGUCUAAGAAUUCCUAAUUAUGUUGCAAAUGUUAAGUAUGGCUACUUUCUCUAAUGUGAUGUAUGUGCUGUUGUGAAGUCCUAAUAUUUCUAGAGUUUUGUCUAGUAUAUGUAGCUUGAUGUGCAAGAAAAGACUUUGGGCAUAAGUACCAUUCUCUACAGACUUUAUUUCAGGUGAGUUCAGAGUAUUUGCUAACUUUUUUAGUAUGUUGCAUUGUUGUGGGUAUUUUGAACAGUUAUGUCUACAACAUAUAUGAUUUUGUUUGUCAACGAAUGUGAUGGAUUCUUUUGUUUGUGAUUAUGGCUCAAUAUAGUAUAAUUUGUGUGUAUUAUUUUCUAUGACCAUUUGAGGUGUAUCUAUAAAGUAUGGUUGCUGUGUGUUUGCAAGCUUUUGAUGUAUUACACUUGGUAUUUUGUUAUGGUAAUGUUAGUAGUCAGUUACGUGUAUAAUAUGUCAUUUACUAUAAGUAUCAUCUGUGAGUGUUAGCUUUUAAAAUGUGCUUUCUAUAGUUUUUUUGACCUAGUCUUGUAUGGCAAUCAUGAACCUUUCUGUCUCUCCAAAAAGUCGAGUCAGCCAAUGGUUUGACACAAUUCUGCCAACAUGAUCCUGGUUGAAAUUGCUAAUACCUACCAUGGAGCUCUUUCUGAGCCCAAGACUGUCUAGUGGUGUCUGUGCAUUUUUGUAUGCUGCAUUAGAUCCAGGUUAGUGUUGUGCAGGUGUUUAAUGGUGUAUUUUUUGGUCUGCAAGAGCUACAGCUUUGUGUAAUUGUGAUGUUUCUUAUUUUCUACAGAGAACUCUUGUAGUGUCUGUAUUUGCUUGUAGUGCAUAUUUAAAAUAUUUUGUCCUCCCUCUUUAUAAGGAAGAGUUAGCCUUUCUACAGAGAACUUAAGAGUGGUGUUUGUUCUGUUAAUGCUGUUUUUGUUAUUUGGAAUUGUUCUCGUUCUGUUUGUGUUCAGUGUAUAACUCCAAAUGAAUGUUAGUGCUAAGGUGAUGUGUUGAAAUCAGAAACGCAUUUAAAGCAAUCAACCGUGUUUUUAAGCAUUGAGUUCAAUCUGUUGUAUUCUUCUGUUAGUCUGUUUUAUUUGUGUGUAUUCUGUGAAUUUGGCCUGCUAGAAUUGUAAGUAUUUAUAAACAUUUUCUUCAUUUAAUGAUGUCUUCAUUUCUGUAGGAAAUCAUUAUCUUAUGGAUUAUUUUUUUAAGUGAAGUGUUUUGCAUUUAUCUAGGCCAAACUGCAUUUUUAUAUUAGUUGAAUAAGUGUGUAUAAUUUCUAAUAGGUGAUUUAAUGUGCUUGUGUAAAUGCAUAAUUUUAUGUUGCCCAUCUACAGUACAUGAGAUGAUACAAUACAUUGUGAGACAUGAGAUUACAUCAAACACAAUAGUAUCUUCAUAUUUAGUGUUGUUUAAUCUAUUAGACAAUGGGUUCAAAGUCAGACAAAGCCAGAGUGGAUAUAAUAAAUCCCCUGGAAAAUGCCUCAUCAUGUAUAUAUCAAAACAAACCAAAUAUAUAUAUAUCAUAAAAUUUGAAGUGUGGUGUUUUUCAGUGCUGCAACAUGUUUUCUAAAAAUAUAUAAUGUACACAAUAAUCAUGAAUGUGAGAUGGUGGGUUUGGUAUGUAGUAAUCUGUAGAAAAGUCUCAUUGUUUAUGAAUAAUUUCUUUUUUACAGCAUACAUUUUUAUAUUUUUUCAGUCUUUGUGACUUGGAUGUUUUUGUUUGAGUGCCAUUGUAUUCCUGUCUGUGUGUAUUGUGUGUGUUUUUAAUUUUCCUGAAUAUUGUCAUAACCUCUUCGUGAAAUUUGGUAUUACAUUGAUUUUACUAUAUUAUUCAGCCUGCCUAAUUGGUAUUUAAUAUUAUUUGUGUUUCUUAUCAUCUGUGCCACUCAGGCUUAUGAUUUGCCUGUGUUAUGUUUAUGAUUGUACUGUACUUUAAAAAGGUAUGUAACUACAGUGACUGCAUCAGAAUAAAUUAAUGUGUCUGAAAGUGUUGAUUCUGCUUGUGGAAGUAUUGUGAUAAUAUAAGGUUUUUCCUAGUUGUUUGGGUAUUUGUAGUGUGUGUGAGGUCUAAUCCUUUAUUUUUAUUAUCAUUAUUAUUAUAAAAUAAAAUAUUAAUUAAUAACCAAACACCAUAAAAUAUUAAAUUUAUUUUUAU